UGGCGAGCGCUGCAUGCGCUGCAACCACUCGAAAAUUCAGAUGGUCAUCUUCGGAACGCUAGGGCCGACGAGCAAUUGAUUUCACCCCAUCUUCUCAAUGUUUCAGCAUCACAGACAAAGACGACGCUUUUUUGCCACGACGACUCUAUCGGCAAUGUGUGCUUGCUUGAUUCAAGCGUUUGUCAAUGUGUCAUCCUCCUAGCACAGUUGAAGUGACUCCUCGGACCCUACCGCCAGCAAUUCGAAAAGAUGCACUUACUCGGCCACGUCUAAUCGUUGUCAGUGCCACCUCAGCCAGUCCGAGCACUAGACCGCUGCUUUGGCAGUCGGUAUCCCCCAGGGUGCCAGGCCAAGACGUCAGACAUGAAAGCGCAAUGGCACUUCUAGAGGAUCCUUACUGCUCUAGCAACACGACAAUGUAUGUCUCAAACAUCUUAUCAGAUGCCAGAACACGAACAACCUUACGAUUCUUUGGCCAGUGAACGGCUCUCUUGGACACUGCUGUGUCUUGCUC